CUGUUUUCCCUCACGUUUUCCGCACUCCACGGGAAGUUUUUAGUUUGGCUUAAUUUGAUUUGAAGUUUCGAACCUCUCUGUCGUAAUGCCUGAGCAAGAAAUUUGCAGUUCAACGAUGGAAUCACGUCUUGUGGCGAGGAAAUUCUUGGCCAGGCCUCAGCGUGAAGGUGUUGGCGCCGUUGUUAGAAGAAGCAUCGGACGGUUUGAGCUUAAGUACUUUGAUCCUUUCCUGGUGCUGGAUGAAUUCUCAGUUUCUGCUCCUUCUGGCUUCCCUGAUCAUCCGCAUAGAGGAUUUGAGACGGUCACAUACAUGUUGCAGGGAGCUAUAACACAUGAGGAUUUUGAAGGGCACAAAGGAACUAUUGAAGCAGGUGACUUGCAGUGGAUGACUGCAGGGAGAGGGAUAGUUCACUCUGAGAUGCCUGCAGCUCAAGGAAUUCAAAAAGGUCUUCAGCUUUGGAUCAAUCUUGCUUCCAAUGAGAAAAUGAUUGAGCCAAGGUAUCAAGAGAUGUUAAGCAAGGACAUAGCAGAAGCAGUGAAAGAUGGGAUUAAAGUACGGGUCAUAGCAGGAGAAGCCUUAGGAACAAAGUCUCCAAUCCAAACAAGAACUCCAACCAUGUACUUGGAUUUCUCUCUCAAACCUGGGGCCCACUUGCAGCAACCAAUUCCAAAGUCAUGGAAUGCUUUUGCCUAUGUUUUGGAAGGAGAAGGUGUGUUUGGCAACAUGAAAUCUCAGCCUGUCUCUUCGCACCAUAUUCUUCUUCUUGGUGCAGGAGAUGGGCUAGAGGUAUGGAACAAGUCUAGUAAGGUGCUUAGGUUUGUGCUUGUUGGAGGCCAACCAUUGGGUGAGCCUGUGGCUCAGUUUGGACCCUUUGUGAUGAACACUCAAGAAGAGAUUGACCAAACCAUUGAUGAUUUUGAGAACUGUGUCAAUGGGUUUGAGAAAGCUAGGCAUUGGAAGUCUGAGGCUGCAAUAACUCUGGAUUUUUAGUUAAUAUAUUUGUUUAGCUAGCUUGCAAA